AUGAAAUUUUCUAAAUCUUUUCAAAGUGAAGCCGUGCCAGAAUGGAAGAUUAAGUAUAUUGAUUACAAAGGAUUGAAAAAAAAGUUACGUUUGGUUCAAAAAGCUCGAAUAUCAAGAGAAAGGGAAUUAAGUUACCCAUUAUCAAAUCGUCAAACACCAUUACAAUAUGAUAAAAAUCAAGGAUUUCAAGAAAACCAAAGAGAAGUAAUUGAAAAAGAUGAAGAAAUUCAAAUGGAUGACGAAUUUCAUCACCAUUCAUACCCACAUGAAUUCCCAACACCCAUAACACCACCACCACCAUUAAAUACAUCAAGGCGAACUUCAUACCAAUCCCAAACUAGUCAAGGAAGAUUUAGCUUUACUGGGAUGGCUGAAACCGCCAACUCCUUCAUGCGUGGAGUCUCAUGGAAAUUGCAUAAUAAUCCAAAAAGACAAUCUAUUUCGGAAAAUACACGGUAUCCGUUAAUAACAUCAUUAGAUACAAUUAUGGACCAAGUAAACCCGGAAGAACGAGUUUUUUUCGUAGCUUUAGAACAAGAAUUAGAAAAAGUAAAAAUAUUUUAUGAUUCACAAGAGAAAGAAGCUAUAAGGCGUUUUGCCAUUCUUCAACAACAACUCGAAGAUUUAAAAGCCUUAAAAAAUAAUAAUAAAAAAACGUCAGGGCGCAAUAUAAAGCAAAGUAUAGGAAACAUUGCAACAAGAAUGUCGUCGUCUUCUUUUGGUAGAAAUAGUGCAUAUGAUUUUGCAGUUGAUUACAAAGAAGCAAAGAAAAAAAUAAGAAAAGCAAUAUUUGAAUUUUAUAGAGGUGUAAAAAUGCUAAAUGAAUACAGGACCCCUGUAAUUAAUGAUUACAUGUUGCCAUCGCCUCAAUUUAUUAACGAUUCGAAUACUUCUCCUAUUUUUUCAUAUAAUUCUUACGAAAAUUACGAUUGCACUUCUACUACUCCUUUACUUUACAAUAACAAUAUUAAUUUCUACGAAAAUUAUGAUUUUAAUUUCAAUGAUAACAUCGACAAUAACCAUGCUUUAAAGGCUGAAAGUGUUAACAUACCUACUGCCUCUGCUCCAUGA